AACAGUUCUUAAAUUGCAAACUCUUUUUUGUUUCUUAAACCUUGGAUUAUAGUGCCCGGUGAUAAGGAAAUUCGAGGGAAUAAGUAUUCUGGAUUUGCUCCGCCACAUGAUUCAAGUUGACCACCGCUGGGGGCGAGGAUUCUUCUUCGCGCGCCCGCUGCUAAAAGCAUACAUUUUGAUUUUCAAUCGUUUACGGCGUCUUAAAUAAUACCAGCAAUCUCAAAAUUGGAUCAGGAUGUCUCACCAUCCAGUUCUGCAGGCAUGGGAAUUGAGAAGGGCCUGAAAAGGAUAGCUGCAAUGCAGGGUAGAGACAGAUACAAGUUUAUGACAGUGUUGACUAUGGAUUUUGUUGAGUAUUUGUUCCUUGCUUUCAUAGAGAUAAAGGCGAGUGGAAGGCAAAUGCUCUAUUUGGUAACAAAUGAUGGUUAUGUGUCUUUGGGUAUAAGAGCAUAUUCCAAGCUGGAACAAGGUCGAAAUUACAAAAGAAGACAACCCACUGUUUGCUUUUUCAAUGUUAUUCUAGAACAGCAGAAACAUCCAAACACAUCUCAUUUACCUGAUGGCCCAUUUCUCGAAGAGCGGUCACCCCUCGCCUCAGAUCAAAAUAUCCUCCCAAUCAGCAGCUAUAAAUUCUGAUACAGUGUGGUCCGGUGAUGCUUGGUUAUGCGACAAGCAGCUGAAGCACUAUCCAUCUUUCUCCAAGGGCGGAACAAAUGUUUCAGUAUAUUCCUUCGUGUGGAUCCCCGAAAACGAGACCAAAGGAUUCCCUGCAUACGUGGAGGACUUGUUCGAGGACCGCAAUGGCGAAAAGAUGGCCAGGCUGCGUCCAUUCCUAUCCUGGGAGGUCAUCGAGCCUCUCGUUCUCAAUCUGAAACCCCGCUCAAGAGAGGUUUUCAUGACCUCUACUGAGCUGGAGAUGAGCACGAAACAGAUUGCGGGCCCAGUCGACAUCCUUGUCCCCAGCCAUUUCAACAAAUGUAACGUCGUGGGGCCCAGGACCUUUGUCUGCAACCGCGAGUUCAAGAACAACAGUGUCAGGCCCUUCUGUCUGAGUAAACUGCGCGGGUACAUGGCCCAGCUGGCCAUUGCAUCUCUCGAAAUCCGCCCACAGAGCAGAGGAAAGUUGAUGGCAGCAGAACCGCAGGCCGUCAAUAACGAACGGGCUCGGGAGAGAUUGAGGAGCAAGCUGGCGAGCAGGAAAAAUAUGCUUCUUCUACCUGUGGGCGGCAGUGAGAAUGUAGAGGUACUCUCUCAGGACAGCGGCAUGCGGGGCUGCUGGUUCAGGUGCAAAAUUUUGUAUUCUGCAGAAAAGCGCUUCAAGGUUCAAUACUUUGACGUGACCGACGUUGAUGGACCAGGGAAGCUUGAGGAAUGGGUGGCUAGAGGCAGAGUAGCCAACCCUGAUAAACUGAAAAUGAGAUCUAGGGGCCGCCUGACGGUGAGACCAUGGCCUGUUGAGGACUCUUCAGGUUUCAAAACUGAGGUGGGGACCGCAGUUGAUGUAUGGUGGUGUGAUGGGUGGUGGGAGGCUGUCAUAACUGGACUCGACACAUCUGCAAAUAGGAACCUUCAAGUUUACUUACCUGGGGAGAACAGUUUUUUGUUCUUAGAUAGAAAAGACUUAAGAGUUUCAAAAGACUGGGUCAACGACCAAUGGGUGGAUGUCAAGCCCAAGCCCGACAUUUUUCCGUUCCUGAACUCAUACUUAAAUCCACAAUCGACAGUUCAUCUGCCUUAUGCUAAAAAUAAUAAUUUUGCAAUUGCGACUAGCAAUGUUCCCUCGUCUUCUUGGGGCAGCAAGAAAAAUGUGGAGGAUUUACAGUUGGAACAGCUGCUGAAGAUUCAAGAGAAAGAAGGAAGGGCUCAGGAUAAAAGCAGGGGGAAUGUGGCGAAAAAUGGUAAAGGGAAAAAAGUAGUUUGACUAGGGAAAUCCGGCGGGCAGGCUUCAACGGUGAAGGAAUAGAUUGGAUUUCCCUGCAAAUUCUGUAAUUUGUCGGGCGUUGAAAGAUUGAGAUUGAGACUCUUAAAAUUGUGUUUCUUUUUUCUUUUAAAUGCAGGGCUUAUUUAUCAGCCAUGUUUUCAAUCAGAAGAAAUCUUCAAAACUUCAUGUUCAUUUAUCAAAUGCUUGGAUAAAAUUUUUU